AGCGAGAGCAAGAGAGAGAGAGAGCGAGAGCGAGAGAGAGAGAGAGGUGUACUGUAUUACUCGGGAAGAUGAGCCAUGAAUUUGACCAGUGCCUGAAAACCAACUAAUCCUCUCACUCUUCACUUCACCGGAAAACCACUUGUUUCCUUAUUUACACUUACCCCAAGUGGUUUUCCGACUAGCGAAAUCCCCCCAACAUGGCAGAAACCGGUCUUGUCCGGUUUCCGGGAAGCCUAGACCCGGGAGCCCAAGAGUUCAUACCCAGAAACCCGAACCAACUAACCCUCUUCGGGCCUCCUCCACCGCAACCGCUACCACCGCCUCCGCACCAAGUUUUCUAUCCGUACCCGCCCCCGCCAAUCAGCGAAGUCGUACCGUACGCGCAGUACGCUGCGCCCCCGGCGUAUGCUAGUGCCGCGCCAACCGUUUGCGAGCCGAUUCCACCUUCAUCUGCGGCCGCGACGCGGGCUGUGCUGUUGAGCUCGGUGCCGAGUGACGUGAGCGAGGGGACGGUGAGAAGGGAGGUGGAGGGGUUCGGGGAGGUGAGGUGGGUGCAGAUGGAGAGGGUGUGCGAAGGGAUCGUGACCGUCCAUUUCUACGAUCUGCGGCAUGCAGAGCGGGCCUUGAGGGAGUUUCGGGAGCAGAACAUGCAACAGCAGCAGGCCAGGCUUCGCAACAACUACGCCUCCUAUCCUUUCAUCCCCAACACUCCGCCUCCGCUGCCGCCCAAUAAUUUGUCUAGCCAGCUUCUUCCGGUUACUCCAGGUCGUGGGCUCAUCGCUGGUCAACCCGUGUGGGCCCAAUUCGUGAUUCCGGCCUUGAAAGCCGUCCCGGACGGCCAUAACCAAGGCACCAUCGUGAUUUUCAAUUUGGACUCGGCGGUCACCACCUCCACUCUCAAAGACACCUUCCAAGCUUUUGGGCCUGUAAAGGAAUUGAGAGAGACGCCUUCGAAAAAGCACCAAAGGUUCAUCGAGUUCUUCGACGUGAGAGAUGCUGCGAAAGCUCUCAAGGAAAUGAACGGAAAAGAAAUCAACGGCAAACCAGUUGUCAUCGAAUUCAGUCGACCCGGAGGCCACAGCAGGAAGUACUUGAAUGCGGUGGGCAACACCACCCCAACGCUGGUCUCGCCUACCAAUAUAAUUGCACCCCUUCAUUCUAACAACGCUCUAGUUAGUUACCCGCCUUCUCCAUCGCGGGAACUGGUCGGAAAAUUCUCAAGACGGCCCAACAGUUUGAACUUGGCGCCGCCGCCGCCCCCGCCCCGUUUGUACGCUAGCCUCUCGCCACAAAUCCAAUUUCCAUCGAGUAGGAACAAAUCAACGAAUAUUUGUAGCAGCAAGGGAAAUGUGGGGGCUAAUGGGAGCUUGAGGAGGUCGAAUUCGUCGAGCGUUGAAGCUCAAAUGGGAGGUUUGAAUUUGGGUGGUGCAGUUGAAGAGAGCCAUUUGGUACCGGGGCAGACGAAAAGGUCUUGCUCGUCUUCAAAGAAGAGCUGCCAAAACAGCCAGAACCAGGUUGUUACGAGUCCACCGCGGCCGCAGCAAGCGAAGAGCAGUAGGGGAAGGAAAGGAAGGCAAGGGAAGAAGAUGGAUUCUAAAUUUCUAAUAAAAGAAGAAGCGAUGGCGGAAUCCAGCAGCGCAGAUACGAGGACCACCGUCAUGAUCAAGAACAUUCCCAAUAAGUACAGUCAGAAGCUACUAUUGAAUAUGCUGGACAACCACUGUAUUCACUGCAACGAGCAGAUUGUUGCCAACGGCGACGGUGAUGAUGGUGAUGAUGAUGAGCAGCAGCAGCAGAAGCAGCCUUUCUCCUCCUACGAUUUCGUAUAUCUUCCCAUUGAUUUCAAUAACAAGUGCAAUGUGGGAUAUGGGUUUGUGAACAUGACGUCGCCGGAGGCAACGUGGAGGCUGUACAAGGCCUUCCAUCUUCAGCAUUGGGAGGUCUUCAAUUCCAGAAAGAUCUGCGAAGUCACCUACGCUAGAGUUCAGGGAUUGGAAGCGUUGAAAGAGCAUUUCAAGAACUCGAAGUUCCCGUGCGAGAUGGAGCAUUACCUGCCAGUGGUGUUUUCACCGCCUCGGGACGGGCGGCAACUCACCCACCCACUUCCCAUUGUUGGCGCCCAAACCCUUAAUAACAAUAUUAAUAUUAAUAUCUCCUCCUCUUCCUCCUCCCCCGUUUCUCUCUUGCUCCCGCCUGUGCCGCCUCAUCUUCACGAUCAACACGACCAUGAUAUGGAUGCGCCCGUGUCUACCUGCGACUCUGACGAGGACGAGGACGAGGACGAGGACGAAGGCAGCAGUCGAAGCGGCGGGGGGGAUUAUGUUGACCGGGAACAGGGAAAUGCCGGUAGCAGAGAUGGUCAAAGAUUUGGCAGCCCACCAUGGUCCAAUGGAAACUGUGGCAUGCGUGCGGCCCUGUGA